AUGCCAAGGCGUUUGGCGUGCAAAACUGGACCAAUUGAAGAAGAGGAAGUGCUGUCAUUGUUGGAGCUCGAGACACAACCAACAGCUCUUGGCGCAGGUGUGCAUGGGGGCUGGGUUGUUGAUGGAUCCGAGCCCAGCGUUGAAUAUUGGCAGGAUGCACCAGGUGCUGAAACCUCAGGCACGUUCUCGCUGCGAAGCUUUUGGGUGCUUCCCAGUAUCACGCCAGCUGUUGCUACCAAGCUUCUUUACGAUGUUGCUUACAGGAAGAAGUGGGACAACACUGUCGAGAUGCGGGAAGACCCGUCAGAUGACGGGGCCUUCAAGCACCAUGGCAACGACAUUGUGCGCUUCCGGACAAGUUCCAAGUUUGGAGCUUUGCCUUCCUGCUACAUGUUGCAUGGUCGCCUCAAGAAGAGCCCUUGUGGCACUGCCUACUCAGCUUGGGUCUCGCGAGACGCAGACGAGGUGUUGGCGGAGAAGUCGCAAGGAUUCCGCCUGGAGAGGGUAGUGGUGGGACAUGUUGUGCGAAGCCAGGAGGAUGGCUGCCGUAUCUUUACCUAUGUUCAGAUGGAGGCAACACCUGUCCUGAAAGCGUUGGGGCCAGAGCUUGCUCCAGGACUUCUUCGAGGAUGGUGCAGCAAAUUUUCCCGAGCCUGCCGGGCAGAACUUGCAGAGGAAGCAUGCGCCAAGGAAGUCAUGAAGAAACCAGGUCAAUCGGAUGAUCGCCAUGUUCCUGAGUUUUUCGACAUGUCAGCUGGGGAUGAGACAGGCUCCCUGGCAAACUCCGAACCCGUUCCUGAGGCCACUUCCCACUCUGCAGGGCUGGACUUUCUGGGCGUCGUCGACAACAAGAAGCUGGUGCCAGCUGUCUCGGCUUUCAGACGCCUGCUGAGGAAGUCGGCAAAGAGUGCAGCCCGGAGGCCUGAGGCCGGCGGUGCGCCAGGAGGUGGCUCUUUCAUGGAGCUGCCUGAGGAGCCUUCCGAAAGCGGCAGGCGAAGGCGCUCCAGCGCACUUCGGGAGAGGAAUCGUGAACGCCAAAGAGGCUCUAUGGAAGCUGUGGCGGAGCGACUGGGGCAAGCUGUGCGGCUGAGGAGCCAACACGGCCGCGACUCCGGGCUAGAGGUCGUCUUGGAAGAGGAGGACGAUGGAAGCAAGGCGAAGUGUCCUCCCAGUGAGGCUGAGAAGCAGCUCCACGCAGCGAACCCUGGCAAGCCAAGCGAUGUCACCGCCUCCCGUGACAGCGCCGUUCGUAUUGACAGCUCGGCUUCAUCAGCACAGCCGCGAAAGCGGUUUUCUUUGCCACUGCCUGUGCGGAGAAGGAGGUCUUCCGGCAGCGUUUCCGGCAGCGUGCGCUCGGCUGGAACUACGGACUCAGAGGACAGCAUGUCUUCAGCCGGCAUUGCUGGAGUUCCCAACGACGAGGACAUGACCCGUCGCAGCGCCGAUGCUGUUCUGGACUCGUUCUUCGACAGGGCGCGUGCGCCAUUUUGUCGGGAAGGCUCCUCCGCGCUCUCCACGACCACGGCCUCGUCGGUUUCUUCCCGUCCCUCCAGUCCGUGCUUGGGCUCUCCAGCGGCUUCUUUGCCAGGUGAUGAUGGUGAGUCCAACAAGGUUGCAAAGCCAACCUUGGCAGGUGCCGCAUGGGUCUUGACCCAACUCUGCAAGGAGACGACGCACGUGCCGGAUGCCGCUCUGCCAUCCGAGCCUUCGAGCGUUUCUUCCAACAACCAGGUGGCGACGAGACUGCACAGAGGAUCGUUAAUGUCUGCAGAGGCCUUCAAGUUCUGCUUCCCCCAGGACAUUUGCGGUGUCCCGCUGGAGUCGAAGGCGGCUUUCAAGGAUCCUGGAUGGAAGCGCUCCUCCAAUCGAAAUCGCCGAAGAGCCACUGCUGCUUGA